AUGGACAACGAGUCAAUAUCCGUUGUCAUCAGGCGCCCACUCCCCAACGCCGUCACAUACGACCUCUCCACGGCGGGAUCCGUAAAGAUCACGCUGCCAGAGUCCUCAACAUGGUCCAGCGGCCUGCACUGGCAUGAGACUCACACCGAAUACUUGAAGCUCAUCAGAGGGACCAUCCGAGUCCGUUUGGGAAAUACCACGCGAUGUAUUACUGCGACCGAUGAUGAGCAGCCCGAGAUUAGGGUCGCCCGCUACGAAUGGCACGAGUGGCAGCGCGCUGCUCCAGAUGGCCCCGAGGUUGUCGUCAUUGAGCGGACAGAGCCGAGUGACAACGACAAGGCCGUCUUUUUCUGGAACCUCAACGGGGUCAUCUUGAAUGCGCCAAAGUUGCUGGGUGAUUCCUCCUCGCUCGUCGCUCGAUUUCCAACGCGCAUACAAGGGCUGUUGCUUGAUUUUUGGGUUACUCUCAACCUAUUUGUCAUUUUUCGAUACCUCGACAACGUGCCCGUUUUCCUAAACGCGCCCGAUGUGCUGAGGAGCUCUAGUGGGGUGGCCCAAGGCCUGCUUGAAAACAUGGACUGGGUGGUGUCUCAUGCCAUUCUCUUUGCGGCGUCUUGGGUGGGAUGGACCCUUGGAGUACAGCCUGUUCAGCGUCGAUAUACCCCGGCUGAUGUCUACGUCGCAUGGUGGUCCGGGAAAGGGGGCUCUGGCAAGAAGAACGCCUGA